UGCCAAGAGCAACCUCCUUUGUCAUUUUGGAAGAGAUUAGACAUCUCAGAUAAGCCUUCGCCUAUUUCUGUCGUUCCAAACCUCAAAUGGCUCUGCAGAAGAGCACGAACCCCAUAUAGGGUUGUUGGUUAUGCUGCCUGUCGUAAUGCCACAGUAGGUCCUGACGUGGUUAGCCCUGCAGUUACAAAGGCUGAGAUGGGCACUUCUGGAAAUGCUUACGAGAAUGCCAAAGAACAACGAACUGCUGAACAAGAUGCCCCUCUGGAGCCAAGUAGGUUACAAGAAGCUGACGAUGUUGCUGAUAUGCACACGUGUUCUGAGGACAUUGAUCAAGACAUGCAUUGUCUGAUUGGUAGCAAAAGGCAGCGAACCGCUGAACAAAAUGCCCCUCUGCAGCCAAGUAGGUUGCAAGAAGCUGACGAUGUAGUCGAUAUGCACACGUGUUCUGUGGACAAUGAUCAAGACAUGCAUCAUCUGAUUGGUAUCCCUGUUGCUGCUGCUGAAUAUCCGAUGACGCAUCAAGUUUGUGAAGGUACAGUAAGUGUUAGCACCUGUGAACUUGACGAUCUGGUAAGUGCUAGCACUAGUGAUGAUUCAAUUUGUUCAGCGCAUUCUCAGGAUUCACCUGGGGUGUCAGAUGACUUUACCACUGAACAGCAAUGUGUCCAGUCAGAUGAGUUGACUAGUUCCGUGGCUAUGUCCGCACAACAGUUCCUUGUAGAUGGAAGCAUGACUGCAGAAGACAGCAGCAAUCAUGAAAACUUGGGUUCUUAUAAUGUCACUUCAGAGUGCAAAGACAAACAGCUCCAAGUUCAACAGGAGCAGGAGAAUAUUGAACUUUGUAAUAAUGCUGGCAGAAACUUGGCCGCGGCAGUACAGGUCAAUUCCGGCCAUUUUGGUGACAAGGCCGUCAAUCUCGAGAGCGCUAUUCCUACUGAGUCACAGCAUGAGUAUCCGAAGAGAGAUGCCAUCGUUUUGGAAGGCAUGCAAGCUGCUUUGACGACUGUGGUCUCUGGAGAAAAUAGAAAUUCAGUUAACACAGAGUUGGAUUCUCUUGGUAUUUUACUUGGAGCUUUAGCAGAAGAAUCCAUUCUAGCUGAUGUUCCUGGAAAAGAUGAGGUUGACGAUGCUUCCUUGACAUUGAUGACACUGGCUAGCAUUGACCAGUCUGCAGGUGAUGUUGCACACAAUGAAGUUAUAGAGACGUCUAGCUCUUCCGUUGGCGCAUCUAUUUCAUGCAAGGGACGGACUUUGCCCAAUUUGGCAUCUGAUGGAUCGCUUAGGAUUCAGAAUGCUGAAAUACAAAAUAAACAAGAAAAUGCUGAAGAAGUUGGUGCCUGGAACUGCCAGGGUUUGAAGAACAGCAGAGGAAUACUUGACAGUUCAGCAAACAGUUUAUCUGAUACAGGCAAAAGUUCAGGCACACCAAAAGCUUAUCAACCAGACAUAUUGUCUAGAAGCAUUGGAAGCUCAAAAAGAACAAGUAUCAUAUGCUAUGUCAGACGCAAGCGCAAGCAAAAAAGAAAGAGGGAAUCUGAGUUAAGUACCAGUAAUUCGCAAAGUUUUGGGAGCUUUGCCCGCGCUCCAUGCGAGAGGCUGAGGCCCAGGAGGAAACCUGCAGUAAUUGAAGAGCCGGCAGAGCAGAUUGAAACCGCAAAACCUUCCGCUGCCGCAACCAAGGGCAAGAGGUCCAAGGUGGUGGAGUUAUUUCAGUGCGAGAUCGAUUUCUGCGACAUGACAUUCGAGAGCAGAGCCGAGCUCCGCGCCCACGAGCGCAACAUCUGCACCGACGAGUCGUGCGGCAAGCGCUUCCAGUCGCACAAGUACCUGAAGCGCCACCAGUGUGUCCACCGCGACGAGAGGCCCUUCAAGUGCCCCUGGGACGGCUGCGGGAUGACCUUCAAGUGGCUGUGGGCGCAGACAGAACACAUAAGAGUCCACACGGGGGAGCGCCCGUACGAGUGCUCAGUCCCUGACUGCGGGCAGACGUUUAGAUACGUCUCGGACUACAGUCGGCACCGGAGGAAGUUUAAUCAUUACUGAUUGGACGUCGCAGCGGUGCUGGGGGGCAAAGGCUCCUCCUCCGGCUGGUGCUGCAUUGUGUGUUGAGGUACGUUGGUCCUUUGUUUGUUGUAGCAGGCUAGCAGCUCACGUAUUUAAUUAACCGCCCGAUGGCUGGUAGUCCUAGUGUUAAUUCCCUUCGUUAACAAUGUGCCAAGUGUAGUCUAGGAUGUAGAGAUAGAUUGGGGGGUAAAAGGCCAGAUGGCCCUUCAUUCUUUUUCUCCGUCAGUCCAGUCAUGUAUGUAAUCCCUUGAUAAAGUUUUAUCAAUUGCGAUGAUGCCGAAAUCUCCCUCAGUUGAGUCAUGUAUCUAAACUAAUCUAUGCUAAAGUUUAUCAAUGCAAUGAUGAUGACA